CACACUGUACUCUCGCAGUACUGUGUCGCUUUCUCAUAGGCGCCACCAUGCUUGUACAAACCUUGGUUGCUUAACAACACUCGCUGCGCCUUUUUGCAAUUUGGCGCUCAAAGUUGUUUGUUUUGUAUUUUAUAUCGAUCUGAUCCGUCUGUUCACCAUGUCUUCGAACAAGUUCUUUUUUAUAUUUAAAGAUUUCAUGCUAGAGAGCGAUAAGGCGAGCCUGAGCAUCGUAUCGCUGCGCAAUCCUGCUACAAGAAACGAGUCAAAAUAUCUAAUCCGUCGCGUACCGAAACAGGACGCCAACCUGUACGAGGUGAACUGCUUCAGCGAACAGCACCGCUCCUGGUUUAUUAACGAAACGGUGUGUUCCAAUGGGAAAAUAUUCCUCCCUACACCGGUCGAUCCGUUGUUCCUGGCGCUACCCUACCUGGUGGAAAACUGCAGCGAACGAGCCGUUCCGCUCGAUCAGAUCCUUGUGGACGAUAAGUUUCCACACACUGCUAGCCUGACCGAUGUGUUGUCCCCGGCGCGGGUGAGCUUGGUGGCGGAUGAAAAGCGUGCCGGUGAUAUACACGCCUUCCAGUACAACGAGACCAAAACGCUCCGAUGGCUUGUGGGUAAAUGCCACCGGCUGAGUAAAGCGAUUGGCAAACAGGAAGGACCUGCCGCCCGGUCAUUGAACUACAUCAAGGAGGAAAAGGAAAACGAAACGGAAGAGGACGAAAGAACCACUCUGCACACGGCAUUCGGGAUCGUGGCCGAUUAUCUGUCGCUCGAGGUUGGUCGGAAACUGUCCACCGCGUUAGGUUUUCCGGAGGAUGAAAACAUUUCGAAAAAGCGCAAAUCGAUAGUGGACCUGGAGUCGGCUGUGGUGAAGAAAAUUAAAAAGGAAGACAUUCAUGAAACGACCCCGAUAAAGCUCCCGGCGUCGGAGAAGAAAGUGUCAGCCAAAGCGAAAGCCCUGGCGAAGGCCGCCAGUGGGUCGAAAAGUAUUUCUAGCUUCUUUAAAAAAUAAACACACCCUUUGGGCUGUUGGUUUAAUGCUGUUAAGCGCAUAUGCAUAUAUUA